CUCGCGGUGGAUCUGUGCGGUGGUUUCGGGGGACACUGGGGGCUCGGCGGGGGAUGGAGGUCGCUGGGUCCGGCUGAGCGCACACGGACUCCGGGAGAAGAACAGGGGGAGUGGGGGUCGGACAGAAGCCCCAGGCCCUGCGCGCAGGCUUUGUUUUCCUGACCGAGCUCCGAGCGCCACUCCUCGGCUUUAUUCCAGCGCAGUUCCCGGUGCUUUGGGACACACGGUACCCGGGACUCGACGCGUGAUUUCCCGGGACCGAACCGCGUCCCGGAGCGGACUGUUCUCGUGUUUCUGUCCCGUUUACAGCAGCGGCUCCUCGGCUCAUUCAUCCACAGCGCGCCCCUCCUCUCCGCGUCCUUCGCUCCGUCUCGACCUCCAUCAUGGCUCCUCCGCUCCUCCGGGGAUCGUGCUUCUCCUGCGGCCUCAUGCUGCUGCUCCUGCCCGCCGCAUGGAGCUCCUUUCCCCGCAGCGGACAAGACUGUGGGCCCGGGAAGGCCGAGUGCACAGAUUUGUCUCAGAAGAAGAGCGACCUGAGGGUCUGUGACUCGGGGACGUGUCGUUUUGGAGGAACCUGCCGAGAAAACGGAGCCGACAUCAAAUGUGUCUGUCAGUUCCACUGCCAUAAAAAGUACGUCCCCGUCUGCGGCUCCAACGGCGACACGUAUCAGAACGAGUGUUUCCUGCGACGAGCCGCCUGCAAGAAACAACGAGCCAUAACCGCCGUGUCCCAGGGAGCCUGCUACACGGACGGAGGUUCAGGAUCUGCAGACGGAGACGACGAAGGCUCCGGCCGCGGGAAAAAAGUCUCUAAAUGUGGAAACUGCAAAUACGGAGCCGAGUGCGACGAAGACUCAGAGGACCUGAUAUGCAUGUGUAACAUCGUGUGUAACGGGCACAAUGAGAACCCGGUGUGCGGCAGUGACGGUGACACUUACCCGACGCCGUGUCACGUCCGAGAGGCGUCGUGCCUCAAACAGACCAAGAUCGACAUCCGACAUGUGGGACGCUGCGCCGAUAAAAACCGUAAAGACGACGGCGCCAAAGCCAAACCGGACGUUUACGCCGUGUCCAAACCCGGUGAAGGGGAGGGGCUUGUCGAGAGCCCCGCCCCCUGUCCCGAAGACUACGCCCAGUUCUGUGAACACGGAAAAUGUGAAAUGAGACAAAACCUGCCGACCUGCAGGUGUGAGGCGGCGUACGGGGGGCCUCAGUGUGAUCAGCUCUUGGACUUUAACAUUCUCUACGUCGUCCCCAGUGGCCAAAAGCUGCACUACGUCCUGAUCGCCGCCAUCAUCGGCGCCGUGCAGAUCGCCGUCAUCGUCGCCGUGGUCAUGUGCUUCACCAGACGGUGUAACAAAUCGAAACGCGGGCGCCGGCAGAAGCAGCACCUCGGCCAUUUCCCGUCGGGCACCUCGUCGCGGAUGAUGUAACGUCGUGCCCGCAGAUGAUGUCACUUCCUGUCCCUGUGACGUUUUUUUACUCUCGUGUUUGGACCACACACUGACCUCGCGGUGCCUGUUUCCUCUCCUCCGUUUGGUUCCUUCGAGGCCUUAUUUGCCGUUUUUUUUUUAUUGUUUUGUUUUGGGCACUGAGGAUCCGACCGGUGAGACGCAGAGCACGGACGCCGACGCCAACGCCGACGCCAACGCC